AUGCGGCAGAAAUUGCUGCACCAUAUUAGAGAAUUGCCUCCGGAUAGUUAUUUAAGCUUACAGGAGUCCCUGCUUAAUCAUAUCAGCAGUUACGGUUGUGGUAAUCAUGAAAAACCAACUGCUAUUUUGACACAGCUAUGUCUGGCCCUAGUCGACUUGUACAUGCAAGUUCCAGAAUGGACUGAUUUUAUUGCAAAAAUUUUUGACAGGUUUUCUAAACUUCCAAACAGCGAUGCGUUUUUACUUCUCAACUUAUUGAAAAUAUUCUCUGAAGAAGUUCAGAGUCCCCAUCUCAGAGUUGGUGAUAAUAGGAGGCGAGUAGUUAAUACUGAGCUGGCGCAACAAACAUCAGCAGUUCUGCAAUUUCUGAGUCACAUAUGCUCUUCUAAUCCGUCAGAUGUUACGUUGGUCUCUCAAGCACUUUACUGCCUUUCUUCUUGGUUGUAUAAUCCGUUGCAAACCCCUGAUUCUGAAACAGAGCUUUUUGAUGCUGCAUGCGAAUGUGUCGUAUCAGUCCUCUAUCGUGUUGAAGAUGUUGAGACGCAACACGCACUUGCUGUGGCGACCUUAAGCGCUUGCUAUGCUAUGGCAGCCGCAUUUAAAGAAGUUGUUUCUAAGGACGAUAGUGACAAAAUUCACGGUUACACUCGGAUUUUUUGCGAACUGAACGAAUCGUUUCUUGAAUGUAUGGUUCAAUCGCCCGGUGAAAAGCUGGGGAAUCUUGACACGUUAGAAAUGCUUCUUUUACCUGUUUCAUAUGCUGACACAAGUCAGUGGUUAAGCGCGAAAGCUCGAUGCGGCAUUGUUUGUCCUGUUCAAAGGAAAUAUUAA